CGGUCACCUGGGGUGACCAAGAAAAUGGCCAUUAAUGCAGAAGGAGAAACAAAACGGUAGUCCUCCUUGGGCAGUGGGAUAAGAGUCAUCAUUAAUGACCUUAAAGAUUCACUUUAAUACAAAAGCAAAACUAAACAUGAAGCAUUUCCCUCCGCCCCGACCUUUCUCUUCUCAGCUUGAAACACUUACAGAAAUAAGUCACAGUCUAUUUUUCCUUCCCCAAACCGAACUUCAGUAUUAAGGAAAAAAGAAAACAAAUGCAAUGGACAUCUACCAAAUCCUGAACUCUAAUCAACCUCCGACAUCAAACGACAAAAGGGGACAAACAUUUUUGCAGAGAAAUGGAAACAAAGCAUGGAAGAGAUAAACUAUGCACAGCUCGUGAAUCUGGGAACGAAACGCAAAAAGGGGCAAUAAAUUUACCGGAUCGGGGUACUUUGGAGCAGAUGAACAGAUUAGGGUUUUCAGUUUGGGAUUCAAAGGUUCAAAAGAGGAAUUUCCUGGCAGUGUUUUUGAUGCUCAGAAUUGGACUACAUAUUUCGAUGAUUGGACUUGAAAAAGUGAAAUUUCGGGUAACCUGGAGGCUGAGGACAAGGUUGAGGUUCAAGGUGGCCCGCUGGAGGUUUCAUGGAGCAAAGGUGAUGGAUCAAACCGCUAGUCAACAACGGUAGAGUGUUUUGCCAUAAGCUUCUCCUGCAAAUCUCUCUCCUUGGCAAUAACUUCCUCCACCUUGGGUAAUAUUGGUGUGGCUUGUGGAGAAGACUGCAAGAAUGCUACAGGUGAUUUUAACUCCUUUGUGAUCUCUUUCAGCGAGCUAUCAACUGAUUUUCGGGUUGCUUUACACGCUUGAAUAUCUCCUGACCUGAAAUUUUCCUUGUGAUUUCAAUAACAUUGAAUUGUUGAAAAUUUGUUGCUUCUGUCAAUGCCUUUCUCUUUGCAACAUUGCGUUUCUCCCAUGCCUGUGGAACUGUUCCUGUACUUGUUGGAACCCUGCAAUAAUUUCCUUUUUGAUUUCUUCCAAGCAUUUUCACCAUUUGCUCUUUAUUUCCUUGUUUUAACAAGAACACCAUUUUCUUUAUUUCAGGUACAUGCUGAGCUGCCUCUUUUUACCUCCGGUGACAUGUCUAUUACUUUCAGUCUGCUGCUGUGAAAAUUGAGCCGUGAAGCCAGGACUAUGCAUAGCCUUUGCUAGGAAGGACAUCAUCUGUUGCUGAUGCUUCUCCAUCACCUGCCCACGUUGCCCAACAUUUUGCAAUUGGUUAUCAGUCGUUUGUUGUCGCUGCAGUAUUCGACCCCCAAAAGGUUGGCAUGAACGAGGAGUAUUUGAUGCCGCUUGAAACUUGAUCGCAUCCGUCAGGAAACCUACUUGAUAAUUGUAUAGAAAAUGCACUCGGUUCUUAUCUGAUACCACCAUGUUCACACUGGUAUCUGCUCGACUUAUUAUGAUAUGCCCCGUUGUCAGCUUCAGUAACAUAGCCUCUAGCAAAAGCAAUAUCCAAAUUGCUAUCAGAAUCCAUUCUCCGUAGGCCAUGGACGUGUUUUUGAUCCUCGUAGACCAAUUGAUAACUGUUACUAUCAUUAAUAUUGAAGUCCAUUCUGUUUUUGAAGAGUGAUGAAUUUGUGGUUGUCUUGCAAAAGUUGGCAUGUUCCUACUACAUAUUUUUUAAAAUUAAAUGUAUCUGUUAUUCCACUUUUAUGGAAUGUGUCCUUGACAAACUUUUUGUUUGAACAUUGUUUCAGGGUUGGAAAGAUAUAUUUGGUUUUAACCUUGCAGCCAUGGAUCAUAUCCAGCAAUUGUUGGCUUCAAGAUCAGAUGCCCUUUUCCAAGAUGCAAGAUCAAAACUGCUUGAGAUACGUGCUCAACAAUCCAAACGUUUACAAGACAGAUCAGAUACCGGAGAAUUCUUGCGGAAGAAGAAAAAGAAGACAUAAAGUAUUUUGUUUUGUUCCGGUCAUGAUCUUGAGCUGAAUUAGUAUAUGUAUUUGGUCUGGGGUGAGAGAAAUCUCAGUGUUUCUCAAAAGCAU